CGCCCAGCAGAGGCUAUAAAUUUUGUAUUUUUCCACUUUCUUUUCGGUCUUUCCUAACGGCGACCGCAGAUCUUCUAAUAUGUCUGGCCGUGGCAAACAGGGAGGCAAAGCUCGCGCCAAGGCGAAGACCCGUUCUUCUCGGGCCGGCCUUCAGUUUCCUGUAGGCCGAGUGCACCGUCUCCUCCGCAAGGGCAACUAUGCGGAGCGGGUCGGAGCCGGCGCGCCAGUGUACCUGGCGGCGGUGCUGGAGUAUCUGACCGCCGAAAUCCUGGAGCUGGCGGGCAACGCGGCCCGGGACAACAAGAAGACUCGUAUCAUUCCUCGCCACCUGCAGCUGGCCAUCCGCAACGACGAGGAGCUCAACAAGCUGCUGGGCAAAGUCACCAUCGCUCAGGGCGGCGUUCUGCCCAACAUCCAGGCCGUGCUGUUGCCAAAGAAAACUGAGAGCCACCACAAGGCCAAAGGCAAGUAGAAGUCUGGGUUAGCUUGCAGCGACUCGAACGACCCAACCGAACCAAAGGCUCUUUUCAGAGCCACCUACAGUUUCUUGGGAAGAACUGAGCACUGCAGUCGGUUAAGUGGGAGCAUUCUUGUUGGUUACUUUUCCUUAAACCUGGGCAAUUUUUAAUUUUUGCAAACAUUGAGUCCACUUUAUCUUAAUGAAAUUUAAUCGCUGUUUUCUUCGAGUGAGCUUUAUCAGUGUAAUUAUACCUUAAUGGUUAACUAUCAGGAUUUACCACCUCUCCCUCCACUUUUGAGUCUCUUAAAAACCAAACCUAUGGUGAUGAGCGUUUGUUUUAGGGUCAAAUGUAGCAAUCUAAGAUGUACUUAUCUUGUGCGUCUUACCAAAUAAAAACAUCCCGAGGAUGCAGAGUUCAACCCAAACCUGUA